UUCAAGCUCUCAUUUAGAAAAGGCAGACAAAAAUCAUCUUCAUAUAUAUCUCUAUAAAUAUAAUUCCUUAAGUGGCAAUAUAACAAGAGUUUGUUUCAAAUUUUCAUUUUUAAAAUUACAUUCUGGUAUUUGAAAAAUUUUUCCUCAUUGUUUCUAUUGGGUCAGUCGAUGUUGCGUAGUAUCCCCUCUUUCCCCUGCGCCGCUUUCAGGUUUUGUGAAUCUCAUUGUCAGAAUCCAUUGUAAACUUUUAAUCAAGUGUGUCUAUGGCCGUGGUUUUCUUUUGAUAGGUUAGGAUAUUUAUGUUGAUUUUAAAUAUUUUUUAUACAAUUGCCACUAUUAUUAUAAACUGGUAUACCGUGCAGUGGUUAAAACAACGCGAUGUACCGAAUUAAAAGAAUAUUUCGAAAAUAAGGUAACAAGAAAGUAGAAAUUAUUCAUGAAACCGAUUUUGUGUCUAAAGCAGGCUUUGAUAAAAAUACAUUUUAUGCUGAUUCUAAAAAGGAAAAGAGUGUUAGAAGUGACAUAAAGUCAGCAGUACAGCGAGUGCUAAAUGCAAAUGACGUGUUAAUAAUUGACGGUAGUAAUUACAUUAAAGGAUAUCGUUAUGAAAUUUAUUGUAUGACAAAGUUGUAUAAAACUCCUCAGUGUACAAUACAUUGUGAUAUACCAGUUGAACAUGCUUGGUUGUGGAAUGAAAAACGACUAGAAUGUGAACAAUAUAGUAGAGAAAUUUUUGAUGCAUUAGUAAUGAGAUAUGAAGCUCCGGAUAAUAAAAAUCGAUGGGAUACCCCAUUGUUUGCUCUGUCAGCAGAAGAUGAACUGAAUUUUGAUGAAAUUUAUAAAUCAUUGUAUGAAGUGAAAGCUCCAAAACCAAAUUUAAGUACUCAGUGUCCACCCUUGUCAUCAACAAAUUAUUUAUACGAUUUGGAUACAGUAACACAAGAAGUUGUUAAUUUGGAAACGGUGCCACGGCACAACUCGCAUAUCUGCAGAGUUUCUAUAGCUGCUGCAAUUGCAGGUAGGACAUGAUUGUC